AAAAUUUUCGAACCAUCUCUCUCGCUUUCGCCUUCAUCUCUCUCCGUCUCAAUUCUUUCCCACCUAUACACAUAUACGAACACACAUACACACAUAUAUAUAUACAUACACACAUAUAUACCGCAGCCUUUCAAUACUCUCCCCCCCGCUCUCUCUCUCUCUCUCUCUCUCUCUCUCUCUCUCUCUCUCUCUCUCCCUCUCUCCCUCUCUCCCCCCCUACACACAAGCAACGCGUAUGUACACAAUCCCCCAAAUCUAGGGUUUCGAAUUUCACAACUAAUUUUGUGUUUUUUCAAAUUCAAUCUGAAGAUGCACAUUAAAGAAGUGACCUUAGAGGGAUUCAAAUCCUACGCGACACGGACAGUUGUUCCGGGUUUCGAUCCGUACUUCAAUGCCAUAACGGGGUUAAACGGUUCGGGCAAAUCGAACAUUCUCGAUUCGAUUUGUUUUGUUCUGGGGAUUACUAAUUUGCAGCAAGUGAGGGCUUCUAAUCUUCAGGAACUUGUUUAUAAGCAAGGUCAAGCUGGGAUUACCAAAGCAACUGUCUCCGUUGUUUUUGAUAAUUCGGAUAGGAGUAGGAGUCCUUUUGGGUUUGAAGAUUUUCCAGAAAUUACCGUAACCCGUCAGAUUGUGGUUGGUGGAAGAAACAAAUAUUUGAUCAAUGGACAUCUUGCUCAACCUAGUCGAGUUCAAAAUCUUUUUCACUCCGUGCAGCUAAAUGUCAACAAUCCACAUUUUCUUAUAAUGCAAGGGCGAAUCACCAAGGUCCUAAACAUGAAACCCCCUGAAAUAUUGUCUAUGCUUGAAGAAGCUGCUGGAACAAGGAUGUAUGAAACAAAAAAAGAGGCUGCAUUAAAAACCCUUGAAAAAAAACAAAAUAAGGUGGAUGACAUUGAUAAGCUUCUUGAUGUGGAAAUACUUCCAGCAUUAGAUAAGUUAAGGAAAGAACGGACACAGUAUAUGCAAUGGGCGAAUGGAAAUGCAGAAUUGGACCGUCUUAAAAGAUUUUGCAUUGCUUAUGAAUAUAUUCAAGCAGAAAAGAUCAGAGACAAUGCAAUUCAAGGCGUGGAAGUUAUCAAGACUAAGCUUUCUGAAAUUGAUGCCAAUACAGAACAAAUGAAAAGGGAAAUACAGGAGAUGGAGACUAAAGUGUCAGACCUUACUGCCGAAAAAGAAGCACGCAUGGGAGGGGAGAUCAAAUGCUUGUCUGACAAAGUUGAUGCUCUCUCACGUGAUCUUGUUAAAGAAACAUCUGUUAUGAAAAAUCAAGAAGAUAAUCUUAUGAUUGAGAAAGACAAUGUUUUAAAGAUUGAUAGAAACAUAGAAGAACUAAAACAGUCUGCCAAAGAAAAAGCUUUAGCUGUACAAAGUGCUGAAGAUGGAGCUGCUGACUUGAAAGGAAGAGUUGGGGAGCUUUCAAAAAGUUUAGUAGAUCACGAAAAAGAGUACCAGGGAGUAGUAGCUGGUAAGAGCAGCGGAGAUGAGGAGAAAUGCCUUGAAGAUCAACUAGCUGAUGCCAAAGUUGCGGUUGGAAGAGCAGAAACCGAACUCAAACAGUUGCAAACAAAGAUAAGCCUUGGUGAGAAAGAGCUGAAGGCAAAAUCGAAACAGUUGUUGUCCAAGCGAGAAGAAGCUGUUGCUGUUGAGAAAGAACUAAUUGUCCGAACCAAAGAUGUGGAAGAUGUUAAAAGGGCUUUGGAAUCUGUCUCAUUUGAAGAAGGGAAGAUGGAAGCUUUACAAAAGGAUCGCACGGCUGAGCUAGAUAUUGUGCAGAAGCUAAAAGAUGAAAUCCGAAUGCUUACUUCACGCUUAGGAAAUGUUGACUUCCAAUACCGUGACCCUGCAAGAAAUUUUGAUAGGUCCAAGGUGAAAGGCGUUGUCGCAAAGCUCAUUAAAGUGAAGGAUAGAUCCGCGAUGACUGCUUUAGAGGUUGCUGCUGGUGGGAAGUUGUUCAAUGUUGUAGUGGACACAGAAAACACAGGAAAACAACUUCUUCAAAAUGGUGAACUUCGAAGACGUGUAACAAUAAUUCCUUUGAACAAAAUUAAUAGCCAUACUGUACCCCCUAGGGUUCAAAAUGCUGCUGUUAGAUUGGUCGGCAAGGAAAAUGCCGAGGUGGCACUUUUGUUGGUCGAAUAUGAUAAAGAACUGAAGAGCGCAAUGGAAUACGUAUUCGGUUCAACUUUUAUUUGCAAGACCACUGAUGCUGCGAAAGAGGUUGCUUUUAAUAAGGAAAUUGGCACCACAAGUGUCACUCUUGAGGGAGACAUAUUACAACCAAGUGGGCUUCUGACAGGUGGCAGUCGCAGGGGUGGCGGUGAUCUACUAGGACAACUACAUGCUCUGGCAGAGGCUGAACUAAAUCUCGGUCAUCAUCAGAAAUGUUUAUCAGAAAUUGAGGCCAAGAUUAGUGAGCUACUUCCUCUUGAGAAAAAGUUCAAUGAUCUCAAGAAACAGUUGGAACUUAAAUUAUAUGACCUUUCAUUGUUUCAGAGCAGGGCUGAGCAAAAUGAGCACCAUAAGCUCAGUGAACUAGUGAAGAAGAUUGAACAGGAUCUUGAAGAAGCAAAGUCCUCCAUCAAUGAAAAGCAGCAAUUGCACAAAAAUUGUGUGGCUCAGGUUUCACUACUUGAACAAACAAUUUAUGAGCAUGCCAAUAAUAGAGAGGGCAGGCUAAAAAUUUUGGAGAAGAAGAUUAAGGAAAUCAAGGGUAAGAUGCAGUCAGCGUCAAAAGACCUCAAGAAUCAUGAAAAUGAAAGGGAGAGACUUGUAAUGGAAAUGGAAGAUGUUCAUAAAGAACAGACAUCAUUGGAGAAUCAGUUAGCUUCUUUAGGAAAGCAGAUUGCUAAUCUUACAUCAGAAGUUGAAGUAGUUAAGAAAAAGGUUGCUUCCUUAGGCAAUGAUUAUGAUCAAGCUCAAUCUGAGCUUAACAUCGUCCGCUCGAAGCUGCGAGAAUGUGAUACACAAAUAAGCUUUAUACUCAAGGAGCAGCAGAAGCUUCAGCAUAAAAUUACUGAGAAUAAUCUUGAAAGAAAAAAGAUGGAAAAUGAGGUAAUACGGAUGGAGAUGGAACAGAAAGAUUGCUCCCAGAAGGUUGACAAACUUAUUGAAAAGCAUGCCUGGAUAUUAUCUGAGAAACACCUCUUUGGAAGAGGUGGCAGUGAUUAUGAUUUCAAAUCCUGUGACCCUUAUAAGGCAAGCGAAGAAUAUGCAAAGCUUCAAGUUGAACAAUCAGGUCUUGAGAAGAGGGUGAACAAAAAAGUUAUGGCAAUGUUCGAGAAGGCAGAGGAUGAGUACAAUGCGUUAAUAUCAAAGAAAAAUAUUAUUGAGAUGGACAAAAAGAAAAUUAGAAAGGCGAUUGAAGAUCUUGAUGAAAAGAAAAGGGACACACUAAAAGUUACCUGGGAAAAAGUUACCAGUGACUUUGGAUCUAUAUUUUCUACAUUAUUACCUGGUACCACGGCAAAGCUGGAACCUCCAGAAGGUGCAAGUUUUUUAGAUGGUCUUGAGGUUCGUGUUGCAUUUGGUGGUGUUUGGAAACAGUCUUUAUCAGAACUUAGUGGCGGACAAAGAUCUCUUCUAGCCCUUUCACUAAUAUUAGCAUUGCUUUUAUUUAAGCCGGCUCCGCUUUAUAUCCUUGAUGAGGUUGAUGCAGCUCUUGAUUUAAGUCACACUCAAAACAUUGGAAAAAUGAUCAAGACUCAUUUUCCACAUUCACAGUUCAUUGUUGUUUCUCUAAAAGAAGGAAUGUUCAAUAAUGCCAAUGUUCUGUUCCGAACCAAAUUUGUGGAUGGAGUGUCCACCGUGCAGAGAACUGUUGCUAGCAAGCACAAGUAGUGAUUUGUAGUUUGUAAAAGCUUUGUUUGGUGUAAGGGAUGUGUUGUGGUUUUAGCCGUAAGUUAUGAACUUCAUAUCUACAAAACUGACAGAAUCAGCAAUAUAUUUAGAGAACUCGGGGAUAGCAUAAUGUUGAAGGUUUUUUUCUUUGUUUCCAGAAAUGCAUAAUUAUGUUAUGAGGA